AUGGCUUAUGUUUACCACAAAAAAACCACUCUAAGUGUUUACCAAUCGUUUGAAGUAACAGCAUUGGAAAACGAGCUCGUGCAGAACGCUGACAUGGAGAACUUGAACCACUGGGACUGUAAUGGAUUCACAUGUCGCGUGACAACUACACAUCACACUGGAUCCCAUGCUGUUGAAACCUCUGGAAGGACAAGACACUAUCAAGGACCACGCCAGGUUAUUCAUCUUUCCCCAGAACGGAAUUACAAAUUUUCUGCUUACGUCCGUUUACUGAACGACCAUCCGGGCGAGAUCAAACAGACCUUAGAGAUCACUGUGGAGCUGACAUUUCCUGAAUUCAAACAGGCAAUGAUGUUCUUUGAAGGACCAAAACCAGAUGUUAACUUCAUUGUUGACGAUGUUUCUGUUACCCCAAUUGCCUCAGAUCCGAACUGGCGUCAUGAGUCAGUUUCAAACAUUAACAAGUUGAGAAAGAGCAACAUUGUAAUUAAAAUCAAAGUACGAGCUCACAACAUAGUUUGGUCAGUUUACUACUUUAUUCAAGGCUGGGUGAAGGCGCUCUCUGGAUACGAUCUCAAGCAAGCCGUCCAUGACAGAAUUGCUGGCGUGGUCUCCAAAACCAAGGACCUCGUGGAACACUGGGAUGUGAACAACGAAAACCUUCACGGUUUCUACUUCCAAGACAAACUCCAGGACUUGGACUACAAUCUGGACAUAUUCCGUCAAGCUCAUCAGGCGGCACCAAACGUGAAGAUGUUCUUAAACGACUUCAACGUGGUCGCUGGAGGCGCUAUGACAUCGGCGUAUUUACGACAAGCUCAGAAGUUCAAACACGCAAAUGUUGGGCUCUAUGGGUUGGGAGUACAGUGUCAUUUCGGACACGAGGAGAUGCCAGAUCCAGCACUUAUCAAGGAACAUCUUGAUACACUCGCCCAGGCCGGCCUUCCUAUUUGGGUGACAGAGCUGGACGUUGACUUCAAGGACGAACACAGACGAGCAGACGCCUAUGAAACGGCUUUCCGGGCAUUCUAUAGUCACCCUGCUGUGGAAGGCAUCAUGUUCUAGGGAUUCUGGAGUGUCAAUCAUUAUGGUGGAGAAUCACGUUCUCUGGUCACCGGACACGAAUAUAGAAUCAACGCUGCUGGCCAGAGAGUGCUGGAUCUGCUUGAGAAGGAGUGGAUGACUCACGAGAGACACUCUCUGUCUCAGUCUGGAAAACACUUCACAGUGCACGGCUUCCACGGGCACUACGAGGUGCACGUCACGUACAGGGGACACGAAGUCACCGACCAGAGACAGACUUCACACUCGGCAAAUCUCCACACACCGUCAACCUCAACUCUUAUGUGGUUUGAAGAUGCUUUCCCAUCCUCUUUGUUAUCUGAAAUAAAAGCCCAGUUAGGGACUACAUAG